GUAUCCGGCGCCGACUUUUACGCAUGGCCACGUGUCAGUCCGGACGGGCGGUAUUUCUCAUGGAUGCAAUGGAACCUACCGCAUAUGCCGUGGGAUGAGACGAGUAUUGAGGUGGUUAAAUUUGACGUGAAUGAUGAUGGCAAAACGAAACGCUUAAAUGAUCGUAUCGUUGAGCUCUCAAUGAAAAACGUCAACUUCCACGCUCCACAGUGGAGUCCACAGUCACAAUUGCACUUGAUUUGUGAUCGUACGAAUUGGUGGAAUGUGUAUUCGGUUGACCUAGAACAGAAGCAACUCAACGAAAAUGUUUAUGAAACACAAUCUGAAAUCGGCGCUCCACAAUGGCAAUUUUGUGAUAGACAUUAUGCAAUGAAUCAACAUGGUUCUCGAUUUGUUCUAUUUUGA